UAGCGCGCUAUCGUUUGCCCUUUAUGUCAAUUGUAGAACAUCCAUUGAAGGAUACAUUGGAUAGUGAAUUGAAUGUAGACAAUUGUGAGAGUUGGUUUCCGCUCAUACAAAUGCACACCACGCUUAAGGGCUCUCGCGAUGUAUCUCAAAAUAAUGAUUACUUUUGCAUGUCAGCUGUUAAAAAUUCUAUAGCAGAGUAUAAAAGUAAAAGCGAAAUUGAGAUCUGGCAUUUGCAACCUACUAAUAACGCUUUUUUAAAAUCGAUUUUACGCCUAGUAAAGCACGUUCAUAAUUUGUCUAAAGCAUUCCUCAUUCUCUACUUUGUUUCAAAUUAUGCCCCGGAUGGAGCCGAUCAAGUUGAGGCAUCCUAUGAAUGUUAUAAAUUUGUAAUGACAAAUGAAAAAUUAAUUGUGGAUCCAAAAUGUCAGGAACAAUUAAAAAAAAUUAAACGAAAUUAUCCGGUAAUAAAAACACAACAUUUAUUACACGCAUAUGGAUUGAACGAUGAUGACUUGAUAAAAUUAGUUGAAUAUCCUUCAGAAUUGAUACACCGUUUGUAUCAUCACGAAAUUAUACUGAAGGGAGGUAAAUUGGAUAUAAAUACGUUAGUAAAAGAGAUAGCGGAGUUACAUGAUAUCAAGGAGGAAAAAAUUCAGUUUAAAUUGCUACAAAUGUGGUUGUCAUUUACAUCGGACAUGGCUUCUAGUGACAACACGCUACUAGAUGAAACUUUGUAUGAAGAUCAAAAUAUAGUGGGUACAGUUGGAGUUGAGGAUAUGAGUACAGCAGCGGAAAAUGUGAAACGGGCUAAUUACAUCCUAGCUAGUUGGCCCAAAGAUGUGGCGGUACAAUUCUUAAUAGGUCAUAUGUAUCCACCAGAGGGAAUGACUAACACUUCCAAGCAAUU